AUGAUUGAUCCCGCAAGUGAUGAGCCAAUCCACGUCUUGGAUCUGCCUCAGAUUUACCAAAAACCUUCAGGGACCGAUCUUCUCAAGGCUCUUGCCUUGCUGACUCUGCAACCGCGGACUUUUGGCACCAGUGCCGAGGCUGUCAAGGGGCCUUCGGUGCAGCCUGCGGGGGUGACCCGCUAUCUCACCCAGAUUGUCUCCAGCUCGCUCUCAUGGCUGGAGACGGACGAGUUGCGUGAAGCCGUGUGGGAUGCAGCAGGGGCUCGUCUCAGUGAGCGAUCUGGUCGUGCCGCUAUGCCAGCCAUGUCGCGCAUUUUCAACAUUCCAACUGCGACCGGUGAUGGAUUGAAACUCACCCUCCACGAACCAUCCCUCACCGAAGAUAAUCUUGGCAUGAAAACCUGGGUUUCUUCCUACUUGCUCUCUCGUCGUCUCCAUCGUCUCUAUACGCCACCGUCACAGUUGGUGUGUGAUAGGUCAGCUGAGCCCUCGAGCAACCCCCGGAUCAAGGCUCUUGAAUUGGGCUCCGGCACAGGACUUGUCGGGCUGUCUUUUGCUGCACUGAUGGGUGAAACCGCGGCGGUGCAUCUGACUGACCUUCCCGAAAUUGUGCCGAAUCUCUCUCACAACGUCGCGUUGAACGUCGAGCUCCUCGACACAACGAAGGCGGACGUGACGACUGGGAUGCUGGACUGGUCUGUGACAUCCGAGCCCCUGCCCGCCGCUGCAGAGCGAUUUGAUGUGGUUCUCGCAGCCGAUCCGUUGUAUUCACCGAAUCAUCCGAAGUGGCUGGUGGAUACGAUUGGAUCCUGGCUGAGCAAGCGCCUAGAGGCCCGCGUUGUGGCUGAAAUGCCGUUGCGCGAUGCUUAUCUACCCCAGGUGCGAGAAUUCCGCCAGAGAAUGACUGAUAUCGGUCUCACAAUCGUGGAGGAAGGCGAGGAGAUUGGCUAUGACGAUUGGGAGAAUUCAGAAGGAGACGCACUUGCGGUCAAGUGCUGGUGGUCCGUUUGGGGAUGGAGCGAGCGUAUUUAG